AUAUAUUAAUUUCAUUUUUGUAGAGUGCAAUCUAGUAAAAUUCUGAGGGUGAAAGGUUAAAGUUAUUAUUCUUAAACACAAUAAUUGUUUUUUUUUUCGACUUAGAGUUAAAUUUAUCUAGGAAGCAAUAUAAAAUGACCAUUAUGACUGAUUCAUUGUGGCGUAAUAUUUUUAAGACCUACAUAGAAAUUGUUAAAGAUUUUAUUUAUUUUACAAGCUGACAACAUAUCAUGAAACCUGAAGUUUAAACUAAGUCCAUUGAACUAACUCACCUGAAGUUGUCGAGUUAUGCGAAAUACGCAUGCGCAUUCGUCGCGUCGCAGCACUUAUAAUUAUUGCGUUCAGUCGACCGGCCUCAUGUAAUCUCGAACAAACGAAGUUAUACGUAGGCAAAAUGAGUGUUGAAAAUCCAGCCAGUGAUGAUGGUGAUUCAGGAAAAGUAAAUGGAAAUAAAAGUGAACACGUGAACGGCAUUCAAAACGGAUACAGCAGCUCCGAGAAGCACAAAAGCAGCCACAAAUCAUCUAGUAAAGAUAAACAUCGCGACAAAGAACGUGACCACAAAAGCUCGAAACAUAGCAGCAGUUCAAGCAGAGACAAAGAUAAGGAUCGUCAUUCAAGCAAUAAAAAUCAUAGCAGCUCCCACAAGUCAUCCAGCAGAGAUAAAGAACGGGAUAGGGAACACAGAGACGACAAACAUAAGGAUAGAGAAAGAUCUGAUAGAGAGAGAAGUGAUAAAGAUAGGGACAGGCACAAGAGUGACAAAGACAGACAUAGGGAGAGGAGUGAAAAAGAUAAAGAUAGAAGUGAAAAAGAUAAACAUAAAUCCAGUAAUGGUGAGAAGAAGUCUUCAAAGGAACAUUCAUCUUCAUCUAGGGACAAAGAUAAAUCAAAGGAUACAGAUAAACACAGGGACCAUGAUAAAGACAGAAGUUACAAAGAAAAACAUAGAAGCGAUAAAGACAGACACUCCAGCUCAAAGGAGAAACACAGUUCUAGUAAAAGUAAGGAAAAAAGUAGUUCUGAAAAAAAUGACAAAGUCAAAUUGGAAGAGGAGUAUCGGGAUUCAUCGAUGAAACAGGAAUACAUGGAGGUUGACGAACCAACAGUAAAGAGGGAAAUGAAAUCUGAAAGCGAUGAUGGCUAUGGGGGGGCUCUUAAUACGACUGUAUCAUCAUGUGACUAUUCACUAUCACAGUUCAAAGAUGAACCUUUGUCGGAGAUGCCCCUUGAGGAAGACAGUGCAUCUGGCGGAGAGGAAGAUGUACCACUGUUAGAGCGUAAGGCAAUCAAAAAAAGAGCUAUCAGUGAGAGUGAAGAAGACACACCACUGUUACAACGGAAGAAACAGAAAAAGAAAGUGAAGAAAGAAAAUUAUGAUGACUACGAUGAUGAAGAAUCGCAACAGAAAAAGAAGGCGAAGAAAACGAAAUCCACAAAAAGCAUCAAGACUGAAGCUGAUGAUGGCCCGAGCCCCACCAAACGGAAGAAAAAAGAAAAUGAAGAACAGGAAGUCUGGAAAUGGUGGGAAGAAUCAAAAACGGACGAUGGAACUAAGUGGCAUUUUCUUGAACACAAAGGUCCCCUGUUUGCACCUCUAUACGAACCGCUGCCAGAAAACGUUAAAUUUCGUUAUGACGGUAAAAUAGUGCGGCUGUCGCAGGACAGCGAAGAAGUGGCCGGUUUCUACGCCCGUAUGUUAGACCACGACUACACUACUAAGACUGUGUUCAAUACCAACUUUUUCAAUGAUUGGCGCAAAGUCAUGACAAAUGAAGAAGCGAAAUUAAUCAAAGAUCUCUCAAAAUGUGACUUUAAAGAAAUGCAAACAUAUUUCCAAAGUGUGUCAGAAAAGAAUAAGAAUCGCAGUAAAGAAGAGAAAGCAGCACUCAAAGCAAAGAAUGAGGAAAUCCAAAAGGAAUAUGGUUUUUGUACUAUUGAUGGACAUAAAGAAAAAAUUGGUAAUUUUAGAAUAGAGCCACCCGGCCUCUUUAGGGGUAGAGGUGAACAUCCCAAGAUGGGAAUGUUGAAGAGGCGUGUGAUGCCAGAAGACGUAAUAAUUAACUGUUCAAAAGACAGUAAGAUACCAAAACCACCGGCUGGUCACAAAUGGAAGGAAGUUAGACACGACAACACUGUAACAUGGUUGGCAUCAUGGACGGAAAAUGUUCAGCAGCAAGCCAAGUAUGUCAUGUUAAAUCCCAGCUCGAAAUUGAAGGGCGAAAAGGAUUGGCAGAAAUAUGAAACGGCAAGAAAUUUGCACAAAUGUAUCGAUAAAAUUAGAGAAACAUAUAAGUCAGAUUGGAAAGCUAAAGAGAUGCGUCGUCAACGUGCCGUGGCUUUGUAUUUCAUUGACAGACUGGCUUUAAGAGCAGGUAAUGAGAAGGAUGAUGACCAAGCUGAUACAGUCGGUUGUUGUUCCCUCCGCGUUGAGCACAUUGAAUUGCACAAAGAGAAAGAUGGAAAGGAAUUUGUGGUUGUGUUUGAUUUCCUCGGUAAAGACUCUAUUAGAUAUUACAAUGAGGUGCCAGUAGAAAAACGUGUUUUUAAGAAUCUCGAGAUUUUCAUGGAAAAUAAAAAGGAUAGUGAUGAUCUGUUUGACAGAUUGAACACGCAGACUCUGAAUGAACAUUUAAAAGAAUUGAUGCCAGGGCUGACCGCUAAAGUUUUCCGUACCUACAACGCGUCCAUAACGUUACAAAGACAACUGGAAGAGCUCACCGAUCCCGAUGCAACCAUACCUGAGAAAAUAUUAGCUUAUAACCGGGCAAAUCGAGCGGUCGCCAUACUUUGUAACCAUCAGCGCGCGGUCCCCAAAGGUCAUUCAAAGUCAAUGGAAGCAUUGAAAGAAAAAAUUCAAGCUAAAAGAGACCAGGUUGAUGAGGCCGAGGCUGAUUAUAGAGAUGCAGCGAAGGCAGCUAAACGAGGCUCGGUAAAAGAAAAGUUAGCUUGUGACAAGAAGAAAAAAGCGCUAGAGCGGUUAAAGGAGCAGUUAAAGAAAUUGGAGCUCCAAGAAACAGAUCGUGACGAAAACAAAACAAUAGCCCUCGGAACCUCCAAACUCAACUACCUUGAUCCGAGGAUCUCAGUGAGCUGGUGCAAGAAACACGGUGUACCAAUUGAAAAAAUAUACAAUAAAACGCAACGUGAUAAAUUCCGAUGGGCUAUUGACAUGGCCGGGCCCGACUACAUUUUCUAGUUGAACUUAGCAGUAGCUAUACUACAUGGUCGUUGUAGACGAUGCUCUGAUGGUCGCGCUGCACCCGUCGGUGAACGAGCGUAUCAAUAGCAACAGUUUGUGUCAAAACACUACUGAAACUUGUAUUUAGUAGUUUGAUAAUGUCUGCACGUUCUCUUUUCGUUCCAAUAAACUACUAAGAUACAGACUCAAUCUGCGCUAUCCAUUAUCAAUCGUCUGGACCGACCAUUAUAUAUAUUUUAUACAUUUUUUUUUUCAAAUUUAUGAACGUUCCACAUAGAUUUUUUUUUACACUUGUACUUUAUCAUUUUAUGGACUUGUGACCAAUAUUUCAAAUGUAUGUAUGUAUUAUAAUUUUUAAGUAUUGAUAUUUUCGAAAAUAUAAAUCUGUUCCUCUCAAAUUUAGAAAUCGGAAGUCUGAUUCUAAUUUAUUUUAGUUUCUUAGUGUUGAGUUUGCUUUUUAUUUCGAUGUUAAGCUUUCUAAGAUUGUAAGUGAUGAUUACAAUCUCGAGUAGGAUGUGGUAGUUUUUUGCCAUGCAAAGUUCAAAAAAAAAAAGUAUAAAAAUCAUUCUUAAAAACUUUAAUUUAAGCUAGUUUUAUAAAUAUUAGGUUAAAUUUAUAUCGCUAAAUACGCUGAGUAAGAUCGUCAUAUUGAAAUCAAGGAUGCAGGUUAUAUUUGUAUAUAAUAGUGUGUCUGUCUACCCUCCUGUGCGGUGUCAUCUCGAGCAAUAGUUUAAGUGUAUUUUUAUCAGCGGCAGUGAAGUAUCUACAGUGUCCGUCGACACACGGCGCAGAUCACGUCUAGGUUAAUGUAAAUUUAUAUUGUAUUUUUGCACAAUGUGCAGUAGCAAAUGUUGUAAAUUAAGACAUGUUAUUUUAUUUUUAUAAUAUAGGACCGAAAUUGUGGCAGAAACAGCCGUCACUGUUGCGAAGGUACAAUGUAGGUAAAAUUUGUAAUAAUUACAGUGUGUGCGUAUUGUAAAUAGUAAAUUUUUACCAUGUCAUAAAAUUGUGAAAUGAGAUUAUCCCAAAUAAAAAAAUUGACACUAGAUA